CAACUUCUCCUCUCAGAUGACGCAGAUGCAGGAGAGAGAAAAAAAGAGAGAUCCAAUAAACCAUUACGGCGGAGACGGGAGGAGGCGGCAAGUAACCAGGAGGAGGGGCCUCUGAACUCAGUGUCCUCCCACUCCAGUGGUGAUGAGGGGGAGGAGUCUGUGGUCACAUGCCCUGCCCCUCCGUCGGCUCUGCAUGAGAUGUCCCCGGCUCAGGCCACCACCCUGAACUUCAGCGACACUCCCGAGGGAGAGGGGGAUCCCAAGGGGGGCAACACCUGCAACGCACUCACAGGUGGGUCUGGGCAUCAAUGUGGACACAAACGAUACACACACACACACCUUGUUCACUUCCAUAGCAGACAUAACCCAGGACACAACAAUGUAAAAUAAUAGAAUAUGACAUCUUACCCUGUUCUUUACCUCUUUCUUCCUCUCCCCUCCAACCAGGAGCAUUUUCAGGGGUGUCCAACAUCUUCAGUUUCUGGGGUGAGAGUCGGGGCAGUCGUGAGUACCAGGAGCUGCCGCGCUGCAGCCUGCCCUACCCUCCCCCUCUUAACACGCCCCUCAACAGCAUCGGCCACAGGCAGCGCACCGAGCUGGAGAACAGACUGGACCUGCUGCAGAAACAACUUAACAGGUAUAGAGACAUACAGGGACAGAGACAGACAGGGACAGAGACAUACAGGGACAGAGACAUACAGGGACAGAGACAGACAGGGACAGAGACAUACAGAGACAUACAGGGACAGAGACAUACAGAGACAUACAGGGACAGAGACAGACAGGGACAGAUACAUACAGACACAUACAGGGACAGAGACAGACAGGGACAGAUACAUACAGACACAUACAGGGACAGAGACAUA